ACACACAGCAUCAACAUGUACACCAAGGUUUUACUUUUCCUGUGCGCCGCUGGCAUCGCGUCUGCUGGAAACCUUCUGCAUGCCGCACCUGUGGCUUACAGCGCGGCGCCAUCCGUAUCCCACGUGUCUUACACAUCACACGCGGCUCCGGUUGCAUACGCCAGCCCAGCUGUCGCAUACUCUGCGCCAAUCGCAAAGACGGUAGCAUACUCUGCUCCAUCAGUCUCCUACCAGUCUAUCGCUUCCCAUUCCACUCCUCUUACAUACUCUUACGCAUCUCCGGCUAUCUCCACUUACAACGCUCCUAUUGUAAGUAAGACAAACUCUCCUGUCUCCUAUUCUUCUGUGGCUGCACACUCCGCUCCCUUGUCCUAUGCUGCUGCACCAGCAUACUCUGCAUAUUCUUCCGUUCCGGUCAAGACAGCAGUGACUUAUUCUGCUGCGCCCGCGGUCUCCCACGUCACUUACUCGGGUCUUGGUGUAAACUACGGUUGGUGAAAACGAAAUUCCACGGCAAAUUAUUUUUUAUG